UGUACAACGAGCGUACGGCACAAGGGUAGGCUCACAUCCACCUGAUCAGCCUACAGACCAGCUACACCUCUCGCUUGGGGCGUGCAGCUGCCCUGCCGUCCUCCCGUGCAAGAACCUGGGCAUCAUAACAAACCGCUGACAAUAUUUUAUUGUGGGCCAGAAUCAACGCUACUAUAAAGCCUUCUGUUUGUGUGUGCAUGCAGCAUAAUGGAGCAGGCGAAACCCCAAACGGAGAGCCACCUCCGCUUUCCUUUAGCGCAGCAGGUCCGCUCCAAAUGGCAACAUCACGGGUGAGGAGGUUCGCGCAGGAGGGGCGGACGGUCCCUCAGCCGAGAGUGAUGGUGGUAUUUUCGGCUGCGAGUGACACAGAGAAACAGGGAAAUGCGAUGUCGGGCGCCGAUUCUGUGGAGGAGGAGUAUCGCAAACCAGCCAUACCUGUCCCUAAUCUUAACCUAGGGAAGUCCCUGGGCACCUUAGACGCACCUGAGGAGUUUCCUGAGGUCAUCCCUCUGAAUGUAGGAGGAACAUACUUCACCACACGGCUGUCCACCCUGCUGCGUUAUGAGGACACUAUGCUGGCUGCCAUGUUUAGUGGCCGCCACCAGAUACCGCGGGAUGCAGAGGGUCGAUAUUUCAUCGACCGAGAUGGAGCUUAUUUUGGAGAUAUUCUGAAUUUCUUGCGAGAGGGGGAGCUGCCUCAGAGAGACUGUGUCCAUGCGGUGCACAGAGAAGCUCAGUACUAUGCUAUUGGGCCUCUUUUGGAAAGCCUGGAAGACACACAGCCACUUACUGGAGAGAAAGUGCGACAGGCUUUUCUUGAUCUCUUGCCCUAUUACAAAGAAAAUCUGCAGCGUAUUGUGGAGAUCGCUAAACUCCGUGCCAUGCAGCGGAAGGCUCGCUUUGCAAAACUGAAGAUCUGCGUGUACAAGGAGGAGAUGCCCAUCACCCCUUAUGAAAGACCGCUCUUCAACUCACUGCGAUUUGAGCGUUCGGAGAGCGAGGCCAAGCUGUUUGAGCACCACUGUGAGGUUGAUGUGUCCUUCGGGCCCUGGGAGGCAGUAGCGGAUGUUUAUGAUCUUCUUCACUGUAUAGUGAAUGAUCUGGCAGAGCGUGGUAUCACUGCUGACCAGCAAUGUAUCGGUGUCUGUGACAAACACCUCAUUAAUCACUACUAUUGCAAAAGGCCCAUCUAUGAGUUUAAAAUCACCUGGUGGUGAAGGCUGAAGGGAAGAUGUCUUAGCAAGUCUUGCUAAAGAUGCAAAUGCUCAAUGCCUGAGCAAGUAAAUUAUGUUUGCUGCUGUCUAUACUGUAGUUAUGUCAAACCAGCAGGGUCCCGGUAUUCUACUCAAAGGUGUGGAAAUAAUGAACAAGACUGCAAGACUUUGGCAGUUGUUCUUUUGUUUCUUCACGGAACUAUCACGGAACGGUUUGCAACCUGUAGUUGUACUUUUUUUUAGGGCAGCUUUAUUGAUCCCUUAGUUUUUGUAAGUACCGGUAAUUGUUUAGUUUGAGAUUAUUUAGAAUAAACCCUACUUGGAAUUGUUUUGUUCAGUUGUAGUUUAAAGGGGUUUCCUGGAAUAGUCUUCAGAGGGUGUUCACUUAUGUGAAACAGUGUUUUCUGUACUAAAUAUCUCUGCAAAGAAAGCUCCCUUGAAGUGUAGUGAAUGUAUUAAUGGCUUGAUCAAAGUAUCAAACAACUGGACUCAUGUGGCCAAUUCAGAGGUCUCUAAUUGCUUGUGCUGUAUUUCUCUUGAAGGAAACUUUAUUUUUUCUCUCCCCAACAGUAUUUUAAAGUGAUUUCACCCAAUUAGUUUUACUUGACUUAAAUAUUUAGGACUUGAACAAUAUUAUGUUGCCAAUAGAGAGCGCUGCAGACUGUGCAAUGCCAAUAGACAAAUGACUUUAUCUAGAGUACCACGGACUCUUUUGGAAUUUACAGCCACACAAAGCUUCACAUAAGGCCUUCUAAGAAUAACCGUACAUAUCUUUAAAUAUCACAGAGAGCUAUCUUUUCUACCAGACAAGCAUACAUUUUUUAUUUAUUUCAAAAGUAUAGAUAAAACUGAAACUUAAAGAGAGCCCAAAAUAGAAAAAGUUCUAAAAAUAUUUACUUCUGUAGGGCAUUAUGGUAAGUUCAUGCACUUGAUAUUAAAUAUUAUGUAUAUUAAAAGAAGUAUAUUUAUAUUGAUACUAAAAAGACUGUUAACCAUCUUAUUGCAGUUUAGAUUACCACUCACAAAUCUCACACUCUUCAUAUGUACGCCACUUGGGACACUUUAUCAAAAAAAACAAAUUCUGCUGCCAAUAACAUUUGCCCAGCAUCUGCCAUAACCCUCUUCAUAACAGCUGCACAUGAUUUACCUUUUUUGUUAUUUUAGUCAUUAAAUACUUUAAAACCUAUCCCUUUUAUUAGUGUGCUACGAUAGCUGUGGAGGCCACAUGAAGCUGCAUGAGCUCUCUAUGAGAGUUUUGGCAGCAGAAUAUUUAAAUAUAAGUUAUUAUAAUGCAUCUGAUAAUCCUAACCGGGAUUUAUUUUCAUGUUGCUGAAAUCUACACCGAUACUAGUUUGGUGAAUACUUUUGUUUGUAUUGCAUUAUUGUACUGCUCUAUUGAGCUGAUUAUAAACCAUAUAUUUUGCAAUUUAUUAAAAGAAUAUAUAUAUAAAUAUAUAUAUAUAAACUGCCGGCCAAAAGUUUGGAAUAAUGUACAGAUUUAGCUGUUUCAGAAGGAAAUUGGUACUUUAAUUCACCAAAGUGUCAUUCAACUGAUCACAAAGUAUAGUCAGGACAUUACUAAUGUAAAAAAACAGCAACAUCAUUAUUUGAAAAAAGUUAUUUUUGAUCUAAUCUAGACAGGCCCCAUUUCCAUCAGCUAUCCAACAGCUUAUCCUAGAGUAAUCAUGCUAAAUUGCUAAUUUGGUACUAGAAAAUCAAUUGUCAUUAUAUCAAACAAAGCUUAAAGCUAUUUGGUUCAUUAAAUGAAGCUUAACAUUGUCUUUGUGUUUGUUAUUGAGUUGCCACAGUAUGCAAUAUACCAGUGUUUCUCAACUGGUGGGUCGCAGGUCUGUUCGGACUGGGUCGCGGACAGCAGGGAAAGAACAUGCAUGAUUCUCCAACUGAAAUUUUUUCCCCAGCUGCCUAAGCAGAGGUGGGUAGUAACGCGCUACAUUUACUCCGUUAUAUUUACUUGAGUAACUUUUUGGGAAAAAGUUUACUUUUAGAGUAGGUUUAAAAGUGGGUACUUUUUACUAUUAGUAAAUUUCUAAUGAAAUUUUUUUCAUUUACUUCUUUAGAAUCGGUGGCGUUACUGUCGUUACAUUACUAGGUUUAAUUUUAAUUAAUGUGUAAUUUAUUGAGAGAUUAUUGAAUGGGACUUUUACGAGAGCGGAAGUUCAUACAGCUGCGCGCUGAGCCGGUGUCACAGACUGUCACUCAGUCACUGCAGCAGCAUCAAACUCUUCAAAGUGAAACACUUUCAUUGCUCUGCACAGUGAAAAAAUAAUAGUUUCGUCAUGCAAUGCCUUCAUUUAACACCAAGACAAGCUGAUAUUUCACGAUUAAAAUCACAGCUCCAAUUUAAGGCAGCACAUUGUGGUAAAUUUAAACUAAUCCUAACGCGGGAUUUUCUGUGUAAUGUGAUGGUCAUUUUCAGGGUGAUAAUGUAACUGGGCUCUUAUGACAUCAGUUUUUAAGUGUACAUUUUUAAAUCAGUGCAGCAAUAUAUCAGUGCGCUUUGUCCCGCAUGUAAUAAGCAGUAUAUAUGCAUUUACUCAACGCGCCCUCGCGGGGGUACUGGAAACUAUCGCAGCUACUUCAGGCGGAUUAAAUGUAUAAAUACAUGUAAACAUCCAAGUUAAGUGUAAAUCACUGCCAUUCGCGUGAUCGACAACUGGAGCGCGAACAGACAGCAUUUCUGCGCGUGCACAGCGAGGCGAGAAGAUGACGUAUGCGACCGACAAAUGCGACCUCCGGAGGACGCAUCUUUCCAAACGUGACACAGCCACUAUUUCCUAUAUAGUGAAUGGCAGUUAGCGCAUUAUAUCGGACGUGAGUGUCGGAGCUCUGGGGCUGUUGCAGAAACAUCACAUAUGAACUUUUAAAAUACUUGGGCCUUACUUGUUAUUCAUAUUAAAUAAUAUAUUAAUACAAUAAAAGUUCGUUCUGUUUGUCAUUUUUAAUAUAUACUGUGUGUUAAUAUAAAGAGUAAGCACAUAUGGUCAAAUAAUGAGUACAUUUUAAAAUGUAUCUGUAUGUUUUGUCUCUCUAGAUGUUAUGUUAUUUUAAUCAAGUAAUGAUUUGUCAAAAAGUAAUUUAUUGCAUUCAGCAUUAAAUAAAACAUUGCAGGAGUGAAGGAAGCAGUAAACUCCCAGCUCGUACGUCUUUCCCGUGGUGGAUUGUGGGAAAUUAACCAUUGUCGAGUGUACAUCAAAUGUACACUUGAAAUUAGAGUGCAUUGUAGGUAAGAAUGAGUGAACAAACGUAGGGAACGAGUGGUUCACUCAGAAUUCAGACAAUCCUACAAAAUGGCGGACAUUCGAAAUAGUGCACUAUAUAGUGGAUAGGGGGCGGUUUCAGACACAGCAAUUGUUCUGUGACCGGAGUUGGUGCCCUAUGUAGGCUGCGUACUCUGCAUUUAGAGAGCGGCGGUACUGCUGUACAGAACUAAUGAUCUAAAUACUUAUGACACUGAAAACUGUAACUACACUUAAAUAAGAAUCCGCACAGGACUUUAAAAGCUAUGAAAUAGCGAAAGCAGGCAUUAAUAAAGCAUGAUCUUGCUUUGGUUUAUAUUUCAGCAUUAUAUAUAAUGUCCUUGUGGUACAUUUUCAUGUUUUCACCAUAAUAAUUACUAGAAAUGUUUCCAAACCUCUCUUCUUAUUGACAAAUUCAUCCAGAUCUGGCAAGAGCCUUUAAAGGAAUAGUUCACCCAAAAAUUACAAUUCUCAUUAUUUACUCACCCUCAUGCCACCCCAGAUGUGUAUGACUUUCUUUCAUCUGCUGAACUCAAAUGAAGAUUUUUAGAAGAAUUUUUCAGCUCUGUAGGUCCAUACAAUGCAAGUGAAUGGGUGGCAACAUUUUAAAGCUAAACAAACAAACAUAAAUCAGCAUAAAAGUAAUCCAUAAGACUCUAGUGGUUAAAUCAGUAUCUUCAGAAGUGAUGUGAUAGGUGUGGAUGAGAAACAGAGAAAAAGAUCACUUUCACAUUCUUCUUCUUGUGUUUUUGGUGAUUCACAUAAGAAUGAUUUUGGAGAAGAAUGUCCAGCAAAAAAUGACAAAUAUUGAUCUGUUUCUCACCCACACCUAUCAUACCACUUCUGAAU